AUGGAGGCCCAACCCGACAAGCUCGAUGGGGACAGCCCCAAUGGUGAUCACCAACCCCCAAGGGACGGCGACGAUACUGCCGAUCCCUCUAGCAGGAAGGCUGCAGUCCGGAAGCGCACCAAAACCGGCUGUCUAACCUGUCGCAAGCGUCGCAUCAAAUGUGACGAGGGCAGGCCGACUUGCAAUAAUUGUAUCAAAUCGAAACGCCAAUGCGAGGGCUACAACCAACGUGUCGUAUUCAAGGAGCCGCUAGGCAUGUAUGCUGGACUUCCCAUGGGCUCACUCCAAUAUCAUGCCCGCCCUCCUCACGUUAUUAUGCACCAAGAGCAACAGCAGCAGCUUCCGGCGCAACGAAGGCUCUCUACCCAGCCUCUGCUGGCGCCGAAGCCCUCGCUAGGUGGACCGGCCCCCCCAGCUUUACAUCCUCACCAACACAUGUACCCUCCCGAUGGGGGUUCUGCUCUACCAGCGCCCACGGUGUAUGAUGGAUCUCAGCCGCCCCUCACGAACUCGCAAGAUCAUACCUAUAUGCCUGAUCUUGGCCAAGACACUUUCAGAGCCUACCCGCAAGAUCAGUGGGUGGGAGCGGCCAGUGUUGGUAUGCCUUCGGCGGCAGGCAUCUCAGAUGCUUCUCCAGAGCAGGCCUUCCGGAAUCCCCCGAUGAAUGAGGGGAUCGCACGGCCUCAUGUGGAAUCAGACGAGAUCCUGUUGGAACGCCGACAAGAUUAUAUCGGCUCUGAGCAGCUACAGGAAUGGGAGUUCGAAGAUUAUCGCCAAGACGAGUCCAUGGACGAGUCCGAUGAGGGAACGAGCGCUGCAGGGCAAAUGAUACAGCUGCGUGGGCAACAAGCUGGGAUAUUCGUCGCACAUAUGCACAGGAACCCGCGCGACCCCUUGGGCACACAACCUCGGAACUUUGAAGCGUUCCCAGGCAAUAGCAUGGCUACGUACGAUCCUGAGCCAUCACAGUCACCCUUGAACGACGAACAGAUUCGCGCUGUCUUUUCGCACUUUAUCCGAGUCACUGGACCAAGCAUAUCUCUUUACGAGCGUCAUAGCCACGAUGCUGGCAUUAUCAUUGACGGUCGACAACUGGCGCGAUCACAACGUCACAUUUGGGCCUCCACAUUCCCCGUUCUCUCCUUUAGCCACCCUGCAUUGUUGCAGGCAAUCUUGGCAAUAGCAAGCCUGCAGAUCGCUCGCUUGGAAGGCAACCAGCCCACGGCAUCGCUGAAGCACUACCACUUGGCUCUCCGAAGGAUCGCUCGAAAUGUUGGCCGUCCUGCCAGACGAGCUCAGCCCGCAAAUCUGGCUGCUACAUUGCUGCUCGCAUAUUGGGAAGUGUGGAACUCAGAUCAUGAGAAGUGGUGCCGGCAUCUGCUCGGAGCACGGUGGAUCAUGAAAGAUAUUCCCUUCCUGAGCAUGUCGAAAGCUGUGCUGGCACGACGCAUAGAAGAGCGCUAUGCACGCGAACAGAUGCGCACUAAAGCUCAGAUGAACGGUUUCGCUGACUUUAUUGACGAGGGCGAUCCGAUCUAUCUUUAUCGUGACUGGGACAAGAUCGAUGCACCCCUCCUAGGUGUCAUCUCGGGGCAAGCGGUACCAUACGCCGACCACGGCUUUGACAGUUGGGACGAGAACUUUCGUCCUCAUCCCAGACAGCCAGUGACGAACAAAGACGUCGAAACAUACGAGACAUUGAGCGACUUGUACUGGUGGUACUGCAAGAUGGAUACCUAUCAGAGUAUUCUUGGAGGACAGAAACUUUUCAUGGACUAUAACAAGUGGAUGGCCUGCCCCCCACGCGCUCCGAUUGGAAGACUCGAUGCUGUUUAUGGAACAUUCGACCACCUCAUGUUACUCCUCGCGCGCAUGUCAAAUUUCAAUACACGAGAUCAAGCCCGAAAAAAGGUCGCUUUGAGCAGGUCGCCACAUGGACCAAAGGCCCCGCCUCCAGGCACAUUCCCUGGCCUCGUCCCGGCAUCUGGGAAUGUCCCUCUGCCAGCGGGUUUCAGCCCACCUCGAGAGACCACUCCAGAAGACCAGGCUUCACAAAGCGAGCUCGACUUUGACGCACAAACGGCCGCGGCGCAUCAAGAAUGGGGCAGCAUCAGACAUGCUUUUGAGGUCUUCAAGAACGCGCUUGGUCCUGACUUUGCACCACUUGAUGCCGACGCUUUUAUGCCUCUAGACACGCCGUUCGGGCCGUCUCGUCACUAUCGCACGUUUUCGGUCGCGGGCAUCUGGCUCAACUACUACAUGGGCUUGAUUAUGCUCUACCGGGCUCAUCCAACCAUGCCGCCUAUCGCGAUGAUGGCUGCGGGCCUGCAGGCGCCAAACACUGCAGAAUGGGCCAUGGAAAUCGGCCGGAUAGCCGUGGGAGUUGUCGAAGACACUUCAGGAUCGACGGUUUUGAGCACCCUCGAGGCUGCUGGACUGAUCGAGAGUGGAAUCCCACUCUUUGUAGCGGCCGUUCAGUAUCGCGAUGAUAACCAGCGGCGCUGGCUCAUCCGCCGCCUGCAUGACACCUCCCGCCUCACAGGGUGGCAGUCGGCCCGGCGGAUCGCCAUGGGCUGUGAAUCAGCAUGGACCCGGGCGUUUGAGCUCAAGCGCGGUCCGCCUUAUGUCCGGGAUCCCGAUCUUGACUCGGUGUCUCUAUUCCACUUCAACGGGCCGAGGACACUGGACUUGCGGAUCGCGGAGAUUGACAGCGAGAGCGCCGAUAGCAUCCAGGAGCGCAAGGGCAAGAUCAAGAAUGUCGAAGGCCCAGGUCUUGCCAUGGGCUUGUUACUCGUCGAACAGGACUUUGAGAAGCUCGAGCUGGGGAAUCGGCAGCAGUCUUCCUAA